AUGAUCGCCCAGCUCUGCCUCAUCGUCUCGCGCCUCCUCUUCCGGGCUCUGGCGCGGCCGAUCUGGAUCUUCACCGACGCAGUCCUGGAAUGGCCGCUCUUCAUCCAUUUGCUGGUAAUCGCCAGUGCCGUGUGGAUCGCCGGCUUCGCGGGCUUCAAUUUCCUCAUCUCGAUCCUCCUCUCGGUGCUCUACCUCCACAGCGUCGACAGCGUCCAGAAAUCCCGCCUGAGAACGCAGCUCCAGUUCCAGAUCGAUCACGAGAGUAUUCGGGGCGUCCAGGUCUCGGAUAGCGAGACUGUGACUUGGUUUAAUAUCUUGCUCCAGGAAGGCUGGCCGACCUUUCUGGAGCGGUACCUCGCCAGGAACAUCAUCUAUCUCUUGGACGUGAAUCUCAACUAUUACAAGCCCCGGGCAGUGAGCAAGAUCCUGGUCGAUCGUCUCCGCCUUGGAAACUCUCCUCCGGUUGUGCACUCGGUGAAAGUUUAUCGAAACUCGAGCGCUGGCGAGCACGUUGUGAUCGAGAUGGAUCUCUCGUUUGUGGCCGACGAAGACAUGCAGUUGGAACUCAUGGCUUGUCUCAAGAAGGUGUCGGUCGGGUUUGGAUUUGCGGGCAAGCUCUACGGGACCAACUUGAGGAUCGAAGGGAAGCUCAAGCUCGGGUUUAAGUUUGUGGCUUACUAUCCUUACGUUGGUCAGCUCUCCAUCGCUUUUGUGACGGCACCGUUGCUGGGAUUGAGUGUCAGGCCGCUCUCGUCGAGCAGUGUGGAUGUUACUGACUUGCCGCUAAUCGCUUCCUGGGUGAGCAAAGCUGUUCAAGCAGCUAUCGAGACGUGCAUGGUGGAGCCUUACCCUUUGGUUCUUGACAUGAUACGGUUGUUUGGAGCCGAGUAUGAUCUCGACAUUGAUAAAGAUGGCGUCAGGCUUCUCCCUGCGAGUCUUCAUGAGAUCAAGGAAGCCGCAUUCGCGAUACUGGAGAUUUUGGAAGGCAAAGACUUGGAAGCCAAAGACAGAUCGGGCUACUCUGAUCCAUACGUGAAGAUAAAAAUGGGCAAGCUAAAGUUUACGACUUCUGUGAAGAAGCAGACGCUCAAUCCCUCAUGGCACGAGCUAUUCCGGGUGAGGAUAAUCAGCUGGAAUUUGCCUUCCAAGAUCCAUUUCCGUGUUCGGGACCGAGACAAGUUUGGGAAAGACGAUGAGCUCGGGUGGUACGAGCUCGACUUGAUACACUUACGAGGUGGAGACAGGCACGACAUGUGGUUAAAGCUGCGAGACGUAAGGAAAGGCUUGCUUCACGUAGCCAUUUCCAUUCUCGAGCCUCCCUCGAAGAUAGUCCAGGCAGCAGCAGGCGUUGGAUCUCUAGCAAACAGCUCCACGACGCUUAAGGUGGCUCCGGCUCUGGAAGGAUACCUGGUUAAGCCGGGACUGAUGGAAGCUCUCCAUCUCGGUGACGUUUUGGAUGCUCCAAUGGCUCCAGCAGCACUCGUGGACAAGCCGGCUGCUAGUGUAGAGGACUGGAAGCUUGACGCAGUGGAUCAAGGCAAGAGCAUAGUCGAUCUCGGGGAGUCGUCUCUCUCACAGGGAACAGUAGUGAGGUGCCAGAAGAGGCUUCUCGGAGGCUUGUACAAGAAACUCCGGCCUUGGGGGAGACGAUAUGCCAACGACAGAGACGUGUUCAUGGAUAUGGAGCACAAGCCGCGGCCAUCUAUCUUCAAGAGAAUUUUUCUCAGCGACAGGAGACCCUCGAGAACAGGGACGCAAAUUAUUCGUUCCAUCAAAGAGCGAAUGCGGGCCGACGCUGAGGAACAGGGCGGGCGCUUGGCAAUUCAUAGCUCCGGGUAA